AAAUAAGCGCCAACGCCAUCACCAAAGACAUCCUGUCGCUCAAAGACAAGACCAGGAAACUGGUCUGUGAUUGGCUGCAGCAAUACUGCAGGACCUAUCUGACGGAGAUCCUGGCGACUAAGGCCGCCACCUGCCAGGAAGAAGAGCUCCGAGAGGCCUGUCAUGACGGGCCUUUUCGGGUCAGGUUACCGUGGAUCAUAAUCCUACAGAGAUAUCUCUCACACCCACCAGCGAGAGGUAUGGAAUGGGGAGUUUUAUGACAACUCCCGCUCAUUGUAAAUCUUAAGGCAGCAGACAAAAUCCCUUUUGUCCUGUCAGUAUGGAGGGAGGGAAUGUAUGAUGGACCUAUGGAGAACCUACCUCUGAACAUUAACAUGCAAUAAAUGGACUUUGGGACAAUAUGUUUCGUCAGCCAAAAUGGUAGUAGUGACGAUAGAUGGAAUAUGAAAAUGAAUGUCCUUUUUGUUAUGUUAUUAAAAGUUAAAUGACGACGUUAUAACGAAAACAUUGUAACUUGAAGAGUUUUCACAAGAUAUGCCUGAUGUUUGCAUAUUGUACGUCGUGUGGAAAAUGUCCAGAUCAAAGAUCAUGUUUUUGUAAAGAUGAAAUGUUAGAAGUUAGUUGUCUAAAUUGGAUCUGAGUAAAAUCCAGACCUUGCCUCGUAACUAGUUACGCCCAGAGAACUUGCCCUAAAGACAGAAACGCCCAUUUCUGACCCAAGGGUAUAAAACAUGUGAGUUAAGAAGUAACAUCAGACUAAGUGACCACGAGCUGCAGCCAAGGUUCAAAUUAGUUGUAACCCAAAAUUCAACACGAGGUUGAAGAAGACAAAGGAACCUUUUCACAAUCUAUGCUACAGAUGAGUAGCUGUGUCUAAGAGGGUGAAUUCAAGCAGGACCACCCGGUUACCACUCUCCAAGGAAUCAGGUGGCUACACUGCUUUCAUUCCCACGCUGGAACCAUGUACACGGCUGAUUAGCCGUCCUCCGAAGAACCCUUUUCAGAGCAAAGGCGAGGAAACAGACCCCUAAUAGAAAGGACACUGACAUUGUGUAGACAAACAGAGAGUUACACCCGGUAACCGAAGACGUGCCGUCAUCAGAGAAGUCGGAACCGAGUCCACGAAGAGAAACCCCAUCGGAGACCUUCAACACGUGAGAUGAAAGCAGCAAGAGCUCACCUGACCUAGGUGUUUAGCCAGGAACCCUGGGAGGCUGCAGCUCAGGCCAGGAUAGACGUGGUGGAGUCCUGGCAACAGAAGUACCGCAGGGCAGCUGGCAGGCUGGCCGAAAAAGAACCCUCCACUUUCGACUUCCUGCUGAGCCUCAUUCCCCCGAGUCACAGGAAACGCAUGGCACAAGCAGCAGCCCAGGAAGCAGGGAGUGCCCUUGCUCUCAUGACCGUGGCUGUGAGAGGGGCGGGCAAGCUCCAACCACAGUACCUGUGUCAAAGGGCCUCUUGCUUCACCCAGCUUGAAUUGCAUGAACAGGCCGUGGCUGACCUGGAUUGGGUCAUCCAGAGCCAUGGGGGCCCCUCCGACGCUGCUUGCCGAGCCUCAGAGGAGCCGCAAAUCUGGAUCGAGGACCUGUGCCAGCGAGGCCGCAGCCUGGUGCUGUGCUCCUGUGAGGGGCCUGCCCCUGAUGACUUCACCCGGGCCCUGGCACUCCAUCGUUGCAAGGCCCUGCAGUGUGUGGAGGCCGGGCUUGUGACUUUCAAUGUGGCACCGUCAUAGAAUGCCACCUUUCCAACAAGUCAGUUCUUCAAAUUUCUGCCCUGCUCGAGCUGCCCCGGUCAACUGUAAGUGCUGUUAUUGUGAAUUUCGAAACGUCUAGGUGCAACUACGGCUCAGCCGUGAAGGCCACACAAGCUCACAGAAUGUGAUCGCCAAGUAUUGAGGCGCUUCUUCGGUUGCAACAUUCACAACCAAGUUCCAAACUGCCUCUGGAAGCAAAGUCAG